UCAUCUCUCGUCCACGAAAAAAAAUUUUUUCAUGUAUUCUGUACGGCUUUUGGGUCUACUCGCAGUGGGCCUCUUCGCAGCCGACGGAUUUCGGUUCAGUUUUCAGCCGAAGUGCGGCAAAAUUACUAAUCCAUUAUGCAGCCGUGUACUCCCGUACAACUUAACGCGUUUUCCAAACAUAUUUGGUCAUCAAAGCGAAUUUAUAGCCAACAGAGCCAUUCAGCUAUUUAGCCCUCUGGUGAAGCAAGCGAACUGCUCCAAACACGCCGAGUUUUUCCUUUGCUCCUUCUAUCUGCCGAUAUGCUUGCCAGGAAUCGAAGAAGAGAACGUAAUAAGGCCCUGCCGUUCCUUGUGCGAGCGAAUCAAGGCGGACUGUUCAGCCGUAAUACAGUACUGGCCGAGCUUUGUGAAAUGCGAAGAACUACCUCAGUUCAAAGAUAGUGUGUGUAUUCAGCCGGAAUCUUUCAUUGCUGAGCCAAAACCAACAAAGAUCGUUAAUGUCGCUCCGUGCGAGAGUAGACCUCCAGCUGAUUACAGGUUUUAUGCCAGCGGCCAGUAUGAUUAUGCCAUGAAAUUCAAGGUAAUUUUGAUUGAAAAACGUGAAAACCAAGAGACGAUAUUCCAUGGGAAAGCCGCCAAAGUUUAUAAACAAGGUUAUGUUCCAAUCCACAAAGGGCGUGUGGAGAUCUGGAGUUAUACCAAUUCGACGUGCCCCUCUCUUAGGGCAGGGCGGGCAUUCCUGAUCAGUGGACACGAGGAUGCUCUCAGAAAAAAACUACUCCUGUCGUCCACUAGCUUGAUAGAAGCCUGGAGCGGAGAGACAAUGCGCAAAGUGAGAAAGUGGCUCAGAAUUGAGAGCAAACUUGCCAUGCAAAAAAAUAGAAACAGUGUGCCAAACAAAGAGAUUCGAGAAAAACUGUGAAUUUGCAGAACUCGUCAAGAAGAGGAAUCAAAGAUGUAUUCAGUCUUAGAUGUAAACAUAAGAACGUACUAUUUAAACUAACUUAAACCAAGAGAGGAUCCUUUCUAGCUUAACCAAAUAGUUGAAAGGUAAACUCAACUAGUAGCAUAUUUUUAGAGGUAAAUUGAAAAAAAAAUAGUUUAGCUAAGAGGCAAAAUCCUUCAUUGCCUUUCCUUUUUCGCCAUUUAUUCAGUUGUAAGUCAUGGCUAAAGCUCAAACAUCUUCGGUCUCUGAAGUCCUUUUUCUUGGGAGCUGAUAAUUAAAAUUGUAGCUUUAUAACAGUAACAGU